GACGUCAAGGGAGGAGUCACAAGACCUCAGACGCGGGGGCCAUAGUAUUCCACUACAUCGCCGAGAAACCCGGCUGUUUGCGAGGUCCUGCGUGAGAGAGCGAUCGGCUGGGAGCGAUGGCGCACACGCCAGGGGCCGGUUCGUGAAGACCUGAAAGCGUGGCCGGCAUCGGGAACAACCUGCACUCCGAAGCAGGAAAAGAGCCUCUAACGUGUUUCCCCGCUGCGGCGACGACCUUGGCGCUAUAAACUGCGUGUUAAUCUUUGGGGAGGCGAAUGCGCUUCGGCUGAGAAGCAGACCGAGGCAGGACGCGGGGGUAGGGCGAGCGCUGGGGCUGGUAGGUGGGGUGGGUGCCUGCUUUUGGGGGAUGAUCUCCGUACUUUCCUAUGGCAGACUGGUUGCCAGGGCUGUCCUGGGCGGACUUUCCCAAACCGAUAGCCGGGAUUAUAGCCUAGUGACGGCGAGCUGCGGCUUCGGGAAGGACUUUCGCAAGGGGAUCUUGAAGAAAGGCAUGUGCUACGGGGACGACGCCUGCUUUAUAGCCCGGCACAGAUCCGCCGACGUUUUGGGUGUGGCGGAUGGUGUGGGCGGCUGGCGGGACUACGGGGUGGACCCCUCCCAGUUCUCGGGGACCCUGAUGAAGACGUGCGAGAGGCUUGUGAGGGAGGGCCGAUUCAUACCCAGCAACCCCGUGGGCAUCCUCACCACCAGCUACUAUGAACUUCUUCAGAACAAAGUUCCCCUUCUGGGUAGCAGCACGGCCUGCAUCGUGGUGCUGGACCGGCAGAGGCACCGGCUGCACACGGCCAACCUGGGCGACUCGGGCUUCCUGGUGGUGCGGGGGGGCGAGGUGGUGCACCGCUCCGAUGAGCAGCAGCAUUACUUUAACACGCCGUUCCAGCUGUCCAUCGCGCCGCCCGGCGCCGAGGGGGCCGUCCUCAGCGACAGCCCGGAGGCGGCGGACAGCUCGUCAUUUGAUGUCCAGCUUGGUGACAUCAUCCUGACCGCCACGGACGGCCUCUUCGACAACAUGCCCGACUAUAUGAUCCUGCAGGAGCUGAAGAAGCUCAAGAACGCGAACUACGAGAGCGUCCAGCAGACGGCGCGGAGCAUCGCCGAACAGGCCCACCAGCUGGCCUACGACCCCAACUACAUGUCGCCUUUUGCGCAGUUUGCGUGCGACAACGGGCUUAACGUGAGGGGGGGGAAGCCGGAUGACAUCACGGUCCUGCUCUCUAUCGUGGCCGAGUACACGGACUAGUACUCCGCAGGAAGAGCGGCCCGUCUUUCGCCUGCACGCCAUUUUAUCGUGCCGUUUGCUGCUGUCGGAGGAAGGACCUUUGCAGCUAGUCCAACGCCCCCCCCCCCAUACCUGGUACCUUUUCCCACCCCCUCGUGUAUGUCCUCAUCAAUGAAAUCUGUGUUCGUCCUAUCAUGAGCUAAUUGUGACAUUGACCGUAGCAUGUGCCCUGAUCGUCCAAUCACUGCUGCCUCUGCUCUGACGUCAGCGAGACUUAGGGCUGGAUUUGACAUUGUGUCAAAUGUCGUCUUAAUAAAACAGUGAUACAACAGUGAAACUUGCUGUUAAGGUGGUGAAAACGAGUGUUUCGGGUUAUAGGGCUUGUAGCUGUUUGUUUUGUCGUCCUCUGGUCACUGAGGGGUUGGAGGGCAGUGUGUCAUGUGAAGGCCCCCGGGGGGGGCAUCAGUCGAAUGUACCCACGGCUUGGUGGCCGCUGUGACCCCCGCGGGGGAUGUCCUCGAAGUAUGGGGGGCGGGGGUGUUUGCUGCAGUUGAAAUGGUGAAGUUAAGUUGUGGAGAUGCGACACGUGGUAAGGAGGGGAGCGCUGGGCAGAUGAGGUCAUCCUAUCAGAGAGCUGCUGAUAGGCAGCUCACACCUAUUGGCUCAGCUAGGGUACGCCUGUCAGAGGCCACGCCCCUUAUCCGAGCAGAGUUCUGUCUGAGUGUAUUUAAGCGUGUUUUUUGAAAUAUUUUUUCAAUGCUGUAUAUAAUGUCUUUAAUCAUAACGUGAUGGGAUUUUAAGAGAAAAGGACUUGUUCAUUUAUUGUACAUGUACUACAAUUCAGGGGUAGGAACAUUUGAAUCCUACACCAUGUGUCGAAAGGGAAGUUUAUUUUAUUAUUAUUGCUAUUAUUGUUAUUGUUAUUAUGUUCAGAUUUAGUACGAAUGCACACAAAUGCCACUCACCCAAGGACUAUACACGGUAACCAGUCCCGCAGGGGGCAUGUGGAGCACAUACUUUCUGUCUUCUGUCCAGUAGGGGGCGUGCUGUUAUGUGUGGUCAAAAAAGUGCAACGCACAAGGUCAAUGUAUUUGUGGACGCUUGUGGCGGAACGCGCUGAAAACAAGUAUGACUGAAAAAGGCACUAUAUGUUUAGUAUCAGUCUUUUGCCACGCCGAAUGAACAAAAUGGACGUCGACGGCCUGUUGUGCGGUGGGGCGGAGCUACCUGUUGGUCACAUGGUAUUUCAGGCGUGAUCGUAUCCCUCAGGUUUCACACGGGGUGGGGGUCGUAUGUGUGUUUGCUGUGGACUCUUGCUCUCUGUACAUUUCACUAUUUAACUGAAUAGUGAUGUACAUGUGCAUAAACCGCGACGAGGAGAGA